AUGGUGCGAUUUUUGCGCGACGCCACCGAGCUGGCGCAGCAGCCCGCGCAGCCGCCGGAAGCGGGGGUCGCGCAGGGGGAGUGCAGCAGCGCGCAAGAGCGAGCGCAGGGCGCGCAAGAAAAGGCGCAAGGCGCGGAACAAGAGCGUGGAAGAACGGGAGACCAGGGCGCAGGAGGGUGGGGCACUGGCUUUGCUAGCAAUAUACCCGGAGCAAGUGGUCAUGCGGAAGGGGAAGUGGGGGGGAGGAGUCGGGAAGCAGCGGCUGGCGGAAGCGAAGGCCGUGGGGCGAUUAGCGGAGGGGGUCAGCGCGGAGCGGAGGCUUGGGCGGCGCAAGCAGGUAAUGAGGGGAAUGCCGGCCAGAGGGGGGAUGUUGCGGGUAGAGGGGGAAACCCGGCAGGGGGAACUCCACCGUUCUCCCUCACCUUCCUCACGUCUCUCUUCCGCCGGGACCCCCUCCGCACGCGCUCCUCCCGCCGCUCCCGCCACGCAGCCAGCCACGGGGAGGGGGGACCCCCUUCCGAAGCCGAGCAAAUCCCUGUGCCGCCCCUGGAUAAAAUCCUCAACGUUCCCCGAAGCGUCGCAUCUGACACAGCCGCUCGUGCCGCAGGAGUCGGCUCAUCCUCUCCCCCGCAAACCCCUUCUUUCCCCGGAGGUAACCCUCCGUUAGGGGCGACGUUUCCCCCCAACCGCGCUUACCACUCCUCCGCCCUCCCCUCACCUGCGCAGCCGUCCCCCUCUAGCGCUGACCCCCACUCGCUCUGGUUCUCCUCCCCUUAUGAGAGCGUGGGGGCGCGGAUUGCAGAAAAUGAGGCAGCAGACACGUUGGGGAGAGGGUUGGUGGGUGGAAGCGGACGAUUGUGGGGAGGGGGGAUUCCUGGGGGAGGCGAGGGGAGGGAGAGUGCAAAGGCGGAGACUGUGGGGUGUGUGCGCCCCAUGAUGCCCCAUGUCGCAGCCUCUGUCCCAACCCUCAUCGUACCACCAUCACACCUCCCAUCGCUGACCAGUGACCACCAACCCAAGAAUCCCCCCCUCAAAGCUGUCCGCUCCAACUCUUCACCUUUGUCUGCUUAUGGUUGA